AUGCAGGCUGAACUUCUUCUUCCAGCUCCAGUGGUGGCUGAAGUGAUACCCCAAGAUCAGCUAGUCAUGCAUCCAGCUCACGAGGACACCCGCUUGGAUGGUGGGUCGAGCCAGCUGCCGCCUCCCAUGCCGACUGUGAAUGGCUUGGUUUGCCCUUUGUGUCACGAAAUGCUCGAGGACCCGGUGAUGACAGUUGAUGGCCACACCUAUUGCCGCCGUUGUAUUCAGGACUGGUUUGUACAACAGACCCAAGCUGGGGGCAAGCCCAAGUCGCCGGCCACUGGACAGCCUUUGCUGUCUUUGCUGCUCUUCCCGAACUUGGCACUUGGUAAGGCAAUGGUCUCCAUCCGUACAAACAUGCAGCCCGCGUGGAUACAAGCAGAGAAGGAGCGCCAGGCGCUGCGAAUGGAAUUGGAGGCCAAAAGCAGGGAGCUGAUGCAGGCCAGGGCCCAUACAACUUCCAAGGACUCUACACGAGAUCCUUGGCACGGAGUGGAAGCUUCAGAGCUUGACUGUCAAGCUGAACAUUGCUGA